AUGUCUCAGACAAAAAAGACAAAGAAGUCUAGUAAGGCUUCUCCAGCCUCUCAAGAAAUAACCACUUCAAUGGCAAUAUCCGAUUUAUCAAAGUAUUAUCAAUAUAAUUGCGACAAAUUAUUACGGCUUAUGUGGGAUAAAGAUUAUAUAAGACAGAAAUCAGCUCAAGGCAACAAAAAAUAUACUCCUAAAAUGGAUGAUUCUACAUUACGUGAUGCGUUAAGGCAUCGUGGAAUGGAAUUUGAAUCCGAGAUUAAACGGAAAUUAAAUGAACUGUAUGAGGUCAUCGAUUGCCAGCAUAUGUCACCGGCUGAUGCAAAAGAUGUCUUGAGAAAUGUUAAAGUCGGUCAAAUGUUGUAUCAAAUGAAGUUUGACGUACCUAAAGGAUUUUAUGAUGAAAUGGGUAUAAAAGACAUUGUGAAAUUAAAAGCUUUUAUACCAGAUUUCAUUGAAGUUAAAGAAGAAGAUGGCGAGAAAAAAUUGAUGGUUUACGAUGCAAAAGCCUCAAAAAGUGCACGCGUUCCUCAUCAGUUUCAAGUGGCUUCGUAUGCAUAUCUUCUUGAAUUUGUGAUUAAAAAGAUUCGUGGUCUUUCUAUUUCACGUACAGGUGGAAUCUAUCUUCCAUCCACGCAAGGUCCCUUCCAAUUACAAACAUUUCGUAUGGACUUUCUACUUCCAAAGAUAGAAAGGUUCUUUCAUGAUGAAUUGCCACGAAUUAUCACAGCACAAAAAGUACCUUGGCAUUACAAUGCAAGAUGCACAACUUGCGAAUUUGUAAAUGUUUGUAGAAAAGACGCUGAAGGUUCUAUUGCAAUGAUUCCUUAUUUGUCACUUGAGAAAGCCGAAGACUUGAAAAAUUUUAUACAAGAUUGGAAAUCGGGAGAAGAUGAAAUGGAUGCUACAAAUGGUUCAUCAUCAUCGAGUAUACAUGACGAUGAUGUUGAUAUUGAGGACUUGGCUGAUUAUUUUGACAAUUUAAAUAUUGAUGACAAAAAGUCCAAGGAAACUAAAAAAGUUGUAGAUACACGAAUUAAACAGAUCGUUAAAUAUGAUAGUAGAUUAAAUAGUUCACCAUAUUUGAAAGCCUUGGAAACCAAGCAGGCUCAGUUCAUUGGGGUUGCAUCGGCAAAUUUUCCUCAAAAAACCGAUCAUAAUCUGUUAAUUUCAAUGUCCACGGACCCUUUCUUAUCGCGUCCCUUUGGAUGGGGUUUAUGCCUUUAUACUAGUGAUGGAAGAAUUUUACAGAAUUUCAGACGCGCCGAAGCAAUUCCAAAGAAUGAUGAGUCUACUUUAACCUUUAUAAGUCUGAUGGAUAAGUUCGUAACUAUAUUGGAAAAGUCUUUUGAAUAUCUAUCGAGGGUUAAGUCAAGAGCCUGUGUCUUUGUUUAUGCCGAACAAGAAAAGCGGACCAUUCAAGAUGCUUUGCUAGAGAUCAUAUCUAUGGACCCUGAUACGAUUUCAAGUGCUGUGCAACAUACAGCUACAAGAUGUUUGUUUAAUUUAUUUGAGGAUUCAUCGUUGUUAUUAGGGUCUGGAAACAUGGAUGGUGGUGAUGUCACAGAACUUCCAGAUGAAUGGCGAGAAUUUCCUAGGUUGAUCAUUUUGGAACAAGCGAUAAGGGAGAAUGUUGCAAUUCACGUGCCCGGGUUUUAUCGCUUCGUUGAUAUUUGGCAACAACUGGUCAAGCCAAAAUUACAUGAUCAGGAAUUAUUGGAUUCCUUAGAACAACAUAUUGAGGAUAUUGAUUUAGAAGAUAUUUAUGCUUUAUGGGUUGCGGCAAGAAGCCCGAUAUCACGAACAAAUGAAGCCCAGUUAUUAAGAGUUGAUUUUGGAUGUGCAGUAAUAAAGGCUUAUUAUGAGCUGCUUAAGGAAUCAACCGAAGAUAUUUCUUCUAAAUUAUUAUUUACGCCACAAGUUUUUACCUUUACCGAAAUCAAAGCUUUUAAGCAUCAUUAUUUGGGAAAGAUCCAUUUUUUUAAACAAUUUGAAGCUGUGACUGAUUGUGCCAGGAUCAGAUCUGCUAGAAUAAAAGACUUUCUGCAAGGUGAAGCCGUGUAUGGAAUUCGACUUCAAUUUGAAAAAUUUACUAAAAAGGAUGGCCAAGAAUGGAUUGCAAAGUUUAAUCUUUUAAGUCGUGGAAGAGAAGGCAACAUCUUGGAAUAUAAUGCGCUUAAGGAAUUCAUUCUUGUCGAGGAUAAUCCGGAGGGAGUUUUGGAUGCUAUCCGAUUUCCGGAUAUGAAAUACCGAAACAAAUUUUUUGGAUAUCCCUUGUCGGUCGUAUGUCUUUAUGAUAUUAACAAUAGUGAUCCCCAAAAACGAGAGAUUUGGUUGAAAGGAGUCUUUAAAAAGAGGUUAACCGGCGAUUCGAAUAAUGUAUAUCGUCUAUAUAAACGUUACCUCGAUUUUAAUCUUGAUAAGGUGUUGUCGAUGUUGACUGAAAUUGAUGAAAGGAACGACGAUAAAUCAGUAUUUUUGGAUCUCUUGAAAGAUCCAAACGCGUGGGGUUCUCGUUCUCUAACCGAGGAAGUGGAGCAAUUUAAGGAAAUCAAAGCUACAGCUUUGAAGCUACGAGACGCCUUUUCGAUGUCUCCGUCCCAAAAAGAGAUCUCGGCAGAAUUAUUAGAGAAGAGACUUCAAAUCGUGUGGGGGCCACCCGGUUCCGGAAAAACACAUUUUCUGGCAUUGUUUAUCACUUGGUACUUGAGUACUGUUAAGCCUAAGCCAACCAGUGCCAACGCGAAUUACAUAAUCGGCGUAACAGCUUUUACGAGGGCUGCUAUCGAUAACUUGUUGGACAGGAUUUCAAGCGUACAAAUACAACGCCAUAAGACAGAUGAUUUUAAAAUCAUUCGCUUAGUCAAGGACCUGAAAAAGACACCCUUGAAUAACGGUUUGGAAGAAUGUAAAGCAGAAACCUUACCGAAAAAACUCGCAGGGAAUAAGAUUGGAAUGAUUGGAAAACCCGUCGUGAUCGGCGGUACAGUUUGGGAUUGGUAUAAAGUAAGGAGGGAAUCAGGAUCCGGUUGGGCUGGAUGUGAUAUUAUGAUAAUUGAUGAAGGUUCUCAGGCAAAUGCUAGCCUUGCAAUUGAAUGUUUGAACCCUAAAUCUGGAAGAUUGGUUGUUGCUGGGGAUCAUAUGCAACUUGGUCCUAUUAUUCAAAACACUUAUCCUGUAUUUCCGCCCGAUCACCCCCUUAUAUUUGGAUCGGUUCAACAAUGUUUGAUGCGUAGGGAAGAUGGUUCCGUUUUUCAUGAGGAAGAUUUCUUUUUGAAAAAGGGACAAAAGCAUGAUUUUGGGCCUCUUACAAUUCAACUCAGAGAUAAUUGGAGAAUGAAUAAAGAAUUGAAUUGUUUCUUCCAAAAGAUUUAUGGCGAUGACUAUAUUUCAAAACAUCCAAAUCAAAAACUCAUUUUUGAAGACCCAAAAUUAUCGCAUAUCAAGGAUCCGCUAAUACAAAGAAUUUUAUCACCGGAUUCAGCAAUUACGUUAGUAAAGCUUUCCGUGGCUGGUAAUAUCAAAAUAGGUUCUAGUCUCGUAUCAAGUCAAUUUUUGCAAAAUGAAGCAGAUGUUGUGGCAAAAAUAGCCUCGGCAUACUUCGAAUCUGCAAAAGAAUCGCGAGCGAAGACCAAAGCAUCAUUAUUUAUAGUCACCCCACAUCAUAGGCAACGAUUUGCGAUUCAAUCACGCUUGGUUAGAUAUAUGAAUAAUCAAGAUAUCAGUUUACAAAUCAAUACCGUAGAAAAGAUGCAAGGGCAAGAAGCGGAUAUCGUCAUAUCAUGUUUUGGAUUCUUGGAUUUAAAUGAAAUAUCAAAAGAAUCCGAAUUCUUAUUUGAUAGAAAUAGAUGGAAUGUAGCGAUAAGUCGAGCAAGAUGUAAAGCAAUAGUGAUCACUACCGAUGAAAUGCUUUACCCAAGAAGUAUAGAAAUCUUCGCCAACAAGAAAACGAGUGAAGGAUGGGUAUUCCUUAGCAUGGUGGAAAAAUGGGAUUUAGUUGAUGAUAGCGAUACUACUAGUUCUACUAAUAGCACCACUAAUAGUCAAGGAAGCAAGGAUGAUGACGUUAUAGAGUUACCUAAUGCAGGCGAAACUUUUACACCGACCCCUGAACAGGAAGUGCCACCACCACCAUCAUCAAAGAAGGAACUUGAAAGUAUUGCCACAAUUUGUGAGGAAGCGACAUCAACGAAGCAAAUCGUUAGAAAACCUGAGGCGCCUGUUAGAGAGCUCACUGAGGAUCUUAAAAAGUUUUUUUACGAUAUUCCUUCAUCAAGUGAUAAUACAGCAAAUAAUACAGCAAAUUUGUUUGCGAUCAAUUCUCCUUUCAAUAAUAUCGGCUUUUCUGGGACCUCCCUUUCAAACGAUUUUAUUUCUACUCAGACAUUUGAUAACUCUAUUUACGUUUUCAUUGAUAAUUCUAAUAUUCUAGCUGGAUUCAAAGCAAUUUGUCAAACUAAAUUUGGAAAACGCAGGCAAAAGGGUAAAAAGAUGCCCAUGUUAGAUUAUAUUGAACUUUUCAAAAUUAUAGAAAAGGGAAGGAAUGUCAAACGCAAAUUUUUAGCAGCUUCCAAACCAUUGUUUCAACCACUUACACAAGCAGAACUAGCCGGUUACGAAUGUGCAGCUUUACAACGCAUUAAUCAAAAAGAACAAUGUGUCGACGAGCUUAUCCAACUUCAAAUCUGUAAUACUUUGCUAGACGUCCAAUCGCCAUCUACUUUAGUCCUCGCUACUGGCGACGGAAAUGAUGCUGAAUAUAACGAAGGAGGCUUUUACAAAUGUAUAAAGAACGCUUUGGAACGUGGUUGGAAUGUCGAAAUCAUUAGUUGGAGACGCCAAUUGAAUCAAAAUUUUAUUCAGCUCUCGAAAGAAUGGGAUACCUCCUGCCAAAUCAUCCGUUUGGAUCCGUUUGCCUCAAAAUUGGGAUGUAGGAUGUAA